AUGACGACCUUUACCAAGUUGGAGGAUCAUGAGACUCCUCUCAUCUCCGUGCACCCCUCGAGGCGUAUUUCCAAAAUCAAUCCCAAUAUUUACGCCGGCUUUACCGAACAUAUGGGACGGUGUAUCUAUGGUGGCAUCUAUGAUCCCGGAAACCCGCUGUCAGACGAGAAGGGAUUCCGCAAGGAUGUCUUGGAGGCGUUAAAGGGGCUCAACAUCCCUGUCGUUCGGUAUCCCGGUGGAAACUUCUGUGCGACCUAUCACUGGCUCGAUGGUGUUGGUCCUAGAGAUCAGCGGCCAGCACGACCCGAGCUUGCUUGGCUCGGAACCGAGACAAACCAAUUUGGCACGGAUGAAUUUAUGCAAUGGUGCGAGGCUCUGGGUACGGAGCCGUACCUUUGCUUCAACUUUGGUACCGGUACUUUGGAUGAAGCCUUGGGCUGGGUUGAAUACUGCAACGGAACUGGCAAUACCUACUAUGCCAAUCUGCGACGAAAGAAUGGCCGCGAGGAGCCCUACAAUGUCAAGUACUGGGCUCUCGGAAACGAGUGCUGGGGUCCCUGGCAGGUGGAGCAGAUGACCAAAGAAGCAUAUGCUCACAAGGCAAUCCAAUGGGCCAAAGCUCUGAAACUCCUGGAUCCCACCUUGGUCUUGAUUCUCUGUGGUCAAGACGGCACUGCUUCAUGGGAUUACUACACACUAAACAAGUGUCUUGUACCCGCUCACUCUGCAUUGUCAACCAGCUCAGUGCCUUUGAUCGACAUGCACAGCAUUCAUCUUUACACAUCCUCAUCAUCCCACCUCCCCAACGUGACAGCCCCACUAGCCGCAGAGCGCGCAAUUGAAAUCACAUCUUCCCUGAUCGAUCUCGCCCGGGUUGAAAACCAAGUUCCCCCCGAGCAACUCCGCCCGACAAUCUGCUUCGACGAGUGGAAUGUCUGGGAUCCAAUCCGCGCAGAGGGAAGCCUAGGCGCCGAAGAAAGCUACACGCUCUCCGACGCGCUCGCCGUAGCCGUCUGGUUGAACGUCUUCGUCCGAAAGAGCAAGGAUGUCAGCAUGGCUUGUAUCGCGCAGACUGUUAACGUUAUCUCGCCCCUGAUGACAUCCCCAGAGGGAAUUACCAAGCAGACUACCUGGUGGCCGCUCUGGCUGUUCUCGCGGUACAUGCGCGGUUGGACUGUUAGCAGCCAUGUUUCUUGUGGAACAUACAAGGGUGAGACUGCGCCUAAGUGGGUGCGAAGUGUCAAGGAUACGCCCUGGUUGGAUGUCAGUGCUACUCUAGGUGAUGAUGGGUUUGUCAACGUUGCUGUGGUGAAUAUCCAUGACACUGAAGACUUGGAGAGUCGCGUUGAGGGUGCUCAGGGAGAGAUUUCUGUGUUCACUGUCACGGCGAGUGAUUUGUUCGUGACUAAUAUGAAGGGCAAGGAGGAAGUGGCGAUCCAGGAGUCGACCUGGGAUGGAAGUGGGUUGUAUAAAUUCCCGCGUCACUCGCUUACUCUACUGAGAUGGAAGGCUGAGUAA